AUGGUGGCAGGGUGCUGUCGCCUUCCUAGAAAUCUUCGUCGAGUAAUCUGGCAACGCUCGAGAAGAUUUGUGUAUCUCAGUACCCUUCCACCAGUAGUAUGGCUUCUAUUUGUUCUGUUUGAUACAAAGUAUUACGUCUGUGCAAAGCUGGGUUCAUUAGAGACUCGACUUAACAAAACUACGCCAGAUGAACAUCCUGAAAUCUUAAGCGAGUUCGAAGCUGCUAACACAGAGUCCCAGGUCAUUGGAUUUAUUAUGCUGUCGAUCACGAUGCUUUUUGCAACGAUAUCAAUCUCCGUCGAUCGAUGUUGUUCCAAGUCCGACACAGCAAUCAAAGAUCAACAGGAAUAUGAACAUUAUCUGGCCGAAGAAGAAAUCAGGUUGUUUAACCAAAAGGUGGAACCUUUAGCAAAAGAACAAGCUAAGGUACACGUCGAAGCUUUGUUUGAGAAAUACAGAGAGACAGGCGACAAUAAGGAGAUGAUACGUCAGAUAUCAAAACACAUAGAAGAGGAAUUCCCUUGGGCGCCAACCUUCCAAUCUUAAAUUGGUAUACAAUGUAAAAUCAUGUUAACUUUGAUAUUCGUGAUAUCGACCUUACAAUCAGGGGCAACCUUUACCAAGAACAACUAAUUCAACGCCAAAAUUCUUACCAGCGAAAGAUCACCCGUGGCCACGAGGCAUCCAAAUGAAGCGCUUUAUUCAUAGCUCCGCCUAAAUUAACAUUGAACUCUCGCGACUUUCGCAGCAGUACUGCGAUCUGUAUUCAUAGAUCGCGUUUCUCAAGUCCUCACUCGAACAUAACUAGUGCUUGUUUUCGCCAAAGGAAGGUUUUCAGGGCAAGCAACAUCAAAAUAAAGGAAAAUAACCACGCUUUCGCAAUUUCAAGUUUUUCCCGUCCAUAUUUCGAAAACAGCCGAGCUUUCGAACUGCGCGUUAUUUCAUGACGUCUUGUCUGUAACAUUGCGCUUUCGUACUUUUUGUGACGUCAUAUUAUGUUCGUUCGUAAAAAGUUUUUUAUGUUAACAUCACAUCAAGAAAUAGUGCAUAACCCGAACAUGCCUAAAACGCCUUUUUGGAGAAGCUCAGCUUUUUUCUCUCUAUAGGACAGGUGGUUAAAAAACCUUCCCUCUAGUGCGAUCACAGGGGAAAAAGCUCGGAGAGCUCAGGAAGCUAUUUUCAUGCUCACCUCGACGACAGACACAGAAAAGGACCUAUUAAUUAUCCACAUUCGCAAGCAAUAAUAACUCAGUUAUCCACAUCCGCAAGCAAUAAUAACUCAGACCGUGAUUUUAAUACAAUGAUAUAACUUGCUUUCGAUAAGAAAAAAGAAAAAAACUUCCCGCCUUGAACUGUAAUAUCUUUCUCUUAAUCACCAUAUGGUUAUCAUUUUCCUUCCACAAAUGUAGAUGCUUUCUGUUUCGUCAAGUAAAUUCUACUGGAAAUAACUCCUCCUUAGUAAUCUGUGUUUUCGGUUUUGAGGUAUAUUUUGUGUACGGACGGUAAUGACUCUUAGUCCCCUGAUUCAGGAAUCAAUUAUGGUUAUUUUUAGGUAUUUGUGAAAACGAAAAUGUCUGAGACGAUCAACAGUCAUCCCUUUACAGAGGAAAAAGAGAUCAGUUUCAAGAGGUCAAGUAACACUAUUUCGGGUCAUUUUGUCAUUGUACCAUUUGGUCCAAAAUGGAAAAAUCAAUAUCAGAUGAGAUGACCGAUUUACAUCCAUAAACAAACUAAUGUAAAAUUUUAGAACAAUUAGUAGAGAAACAUGGGUUAACUUUAACACGGGCUCUCAGGUUUUAGCGUUGGAAACGCACGAUUUGUUCAGACAGUCUCGGUUUUUUGGAUUUUUCAACUGCGCCUCUCUAUUUGUUUGUUUUCUCAAAAAGUUCAAGAUAAACGAUUUCACGAAACAAGCUUAUUAUGUUGAUAUUUUAAAUUGAUGUAAUCUGAACAGCUGAUCGGUCUCAAAAAAGCAAAGUAGAACGGUCAAUUUUCAAUAACGGAUAUUCUACACUCACGUAUUCGUUCAAAACCUUUCCUCCUAACUCUCAUUCAUUGUUUUAUUUCUAUUUUAUCCAUCAACAAACAUGUUUUAGCGAAAAGGGACAUAAAUGUAGCUUAGGGAAGUGGCAAAGAGACUUUCGUUUUCAUGUCAGGGACUUUCGGUGACUGACGUCAAAGUCUGUUUGCGAUCGUGGGGAGUUGGGUGGGGCAUCUUUUUCUUUCUUUGUUUCACAUCCGGUUGGAACAUGACCUUGCUUAAACAAAGAACUCUUUUCAAACUGACCGAAACUGAAAGUUUCAAAACCUUUCGAAACACUCGCAAUAUAAAUCAACUUUCGCUCGUAGUGUUUGUAUUCAUUAAGUUAGCGUCUUUCUGUUGACAACGCAGUUUCGUCUGAAUCCUUAAUUUCGCCUCGUCUUCUCAGAUAACAUGAACACCGUCCUUCCCUCCUUUACAGGACUAUUCAAAAGGUCUCGUCGAUCACUGAUGUACGGUUCUAUAGCAGCUGUGACGAUUGGCCUGGAGGGGUUCUUUGAAAGUAUCGUGUUUAGCUGUCCUUGUGAAGGACACUUCGCUUACGGACUGGCUUUUUUGUGGGCGCCGGCCGUUCUCCUGUUUCUCAUUGGAAUCCUGGUAGAUAGAGACUUAUGGAGGCAUUCGAGAAGGAAUUCUGUCACAAAGAAGGAAACCAAGCCUUUCACCCGCCGCCAUCUCAAAGCGCUCUUAACGAUAAUUGAUGUAUUAGUGCGAGCAUCCAUCGCUCCAGUCGCUUGGUUGAUUUUGUCCUUUCUACAGCAGCAAUACUAUACAUGCGCGUUUUUCGGUCCUCCUCUGACCAGUGGAUUCACCGCGAGAAAUACAACCGAAAAAUGCUCUUUUAAACUCGACUUACGCACUAGGUUGCAAGAGGAGCACUACAAAACCCGUAGCCAAAUAGCAGGAUGGUCUCUAAUGCUGGUAGCCAUGUCUGUUCUCUUCACCACAAUCUGUAUUCGUCGAUGCGUUCGGAAGGGAAAACAUCUUAAAAUACCAAGUCUUGAUUAUUAUCACCAUGUUGAAGCAAAAGAGGCUUUGGAGCAUUAUCACAAUGAAGCGAAAGAACUUGCCAAAAAGAAAGCAAAGAAGGGGAUAGACGAGCUAUUUAAAAAGACAGAAACGAAAGAAUUUAAUUCCCGUCUCCAAAACAUUGCAAAAGAAAUCCAAGAUACAUAUGGGUGUUUUUUUAUCAUACCGCCAGAGAGUCCCACUUACACCUCCCCCUCGACUGCACCAAAGGACUCUCCUGAAUUUCCUUCGCAUGCCUCGCCUACUGUGAACCACAGUCUUGUAUCAGAUGGAUCUGAAGUGAAAAACGAAGGAGAAAAACAUGGUCUGUCGUCUGCUACCAACACACCGCGUUUAUCCCCCACUUGUCAGACGGCGUAUAUAAGUUACAAAGGGCACACGAAGCCAGCAUUCAACAGACAAAACGCCAGUAGUAGAAGCCAGAAGGAAACAGUGUCCGAAGCCGCUCUUUGA